AAUUGUCUCAUAAGCAUAGGAACGGACUUUCUCGCACCCGGCGACUUGCUUUAGAGUUAGAGUUUAUUAAAUUUUCAUGUUUUUAAAGAAACAGAUUUAGUAAUUAUAAGAUGGCUGAAGCUUCAGUAGAACACCCUCGAUUUUUCUGUCAUAAAUGCAGUGCAGAAAUUCGUCCUGUUUUGCCGGAUUAUGUAUGUCCACAGUGCAACGGAGGAUUCAUUGAAGCAUUAGAUAGUGACAGCACUGACCACUCAGACGGAUCAAGCCAUUCAAGUGAUGAACGAAGGCUUUCCUUCGAAGGAGACGAUCCCUUACAAACUUUGGUCUUUUCAACACUAUUCAGCGACAUGAUGAGUGAUACACCAGGAAACAAUUCAUCAAGAAGAACAAACUUGGGAAGUCCAUCAUCGUCGUCAUCAUCAUCUCCUUCAUCGUCCUCUUCCUCCUCAUCAUCAUCGGGAGGAGGACCUUCAUCUAACCAGUCCAGUAGGAAUCCUGGAGUAUCUGAUAGCAAUAGAACGUUUGCUAUGCAUUCACCUGGCAGUAGGACAAUGUUAAGGAUUCAUGGGGGACCUAGGGGUGCUCCUCCACCUGAUAUGAUAGCUUUUCUACAGCAGUUUCUAGGACUGGCUCCCCCUCCUCCAGGACCUGGUGGUGUUCAUUUCCCAGUUCAGAUGUUCAACAUGCACGGUAGUCCAAGGGAUUAUGCUUGGGGCGAAGGUGGUUUAGAUGCUAUUAUAACACAGUUAUUAAAUAAUGCAGAAGGCCAUGGUCCACCCCCUGCCUCACAUGAUGACAUCACUCGACUAGAAGAAAUAACAAUAAACAACAUUCAUAUUGAACAAUCAGCAGAUUGUCCAGUUUGUAUGGAAGCCUUUAAAUGUGAUGAAAAGGCCAAACGUUUACCAUGCUCUCAUUUCUUUCAUCCAAAGUGUAUAAAAACAUGGCUAGAAAUGCACAACACAUGUCCUGUAUGCAGAAAACCUAUCAACGGUGAAUCAGUAGCGAAUGAUUCUGCAUCGAGUUCUAAUGUGAGAUAAAAACAUUGAAGACUGCAUGUAUAUAUCCCUUUUUUGAAAUUUUAAUAGGAUAUUUCUCAUUGAAAAUAUUAUAUAAAUAUAUAUAUAGUACUUGCAACCAGUGCGUGAUGGAAGGCGAAGUGUUCUGAAGAGUGGAUUUCAUGAGAAUGACUACAUGUAUGCAGAUAUUGACAUCCAAAAGGUGCAAUAGAGAGGAACCUAGUGACCGAAUGGAUUCAUUUUUUUAAUGAAUAUUCAAGGCAUAAUUCUUGGUGAAGUCAUUAUCUUUAUGGAAUUUGUGAGACCUAGCUAAUGAGCAAAUGUUGUUAUCCUUCAUUGCCAGUAGUACUGCAAAAUCAGAAAUACACCCAAUAACUAUUUCCUGUUCAUUUUACUAUUAUUCAAGUUUGCGCACUACAUUGAUUCUUUAAUUCAAACAUUUUGAAUAUUGGGGUAAUCGUCAUUGUUCUGUUUUUACAGUGAGAUACAUACAUGUUUAUGACUGGAUAGGCCAUGUGCAGUUGUAUUUGAUGGUACAUGUAGUUCAACACAAUUUGUCUUUGUGAUAAGAAUAGGCAGGCUAGAUGAA